AUGUCUUGGACUACAGCUGGGCCUAACAAAACGCAGACUGUCUCCGGGAAGGGAGAAGAAAUACAAGAAGUACCGCAUCUCCAACAAGGUGUAGGAUGGAGGAAGCUUACGGAGCGUGGAAGACUGUUAAUUGCACCCAACGGACGUGGCCUUCUGUCCAUUGAGGGAUGCGCUUCUGGGUUUUGCUUGGCGAGCUACGAAGGAACCCAGGAAGAGAAGGCAGCGAAGCAAGAGGGGCAGUAUGGAGUGGAGGCGGUCAUUAAAGUAUCCCCAGGAGGUGCAUUUGACGCGCAAGUCAUGUACGUGGUCAUUGACAUGGCAAAGCACGAGCAAACGAAAUUGCACGCGCCCGCAGGAAUGGCCUUUGAAGAUAUUGUGGCGCUUUCUUCUGCAAAGGAGGUGCUGAGAGAAAAUGUGCUACUACCGGUGCAAAUGCCUGAGAUUCUGACUGGCAUCCUUGAGCCUUCCAUGGGGGUCAUGUUCUUUGGGCCUCCAGGCACUGGGAAAACAAUGCUAGCAACCGCUUUGGCAUCAACAGCCGGAAUUUCAUUUUUUCGGUGUUCUGCUGCUUCUCUGACCUCAAAGUGGAGAGGAGAGUCUGAAAAACUUAUACGCGCAUUAUUUAAGGUGGCACGUACUCGUGCCCCCAGCGUGCUAUUUUUUGAUGAGGUAGAUGCAAUUUGCAGCAAGCGUGGCGAGUGUGGCGAGCACGAGGCUUCGAGGAGGGUCAAGGCCGAGCUCCUCCAGCAGAUUGACUACCUGUGGCAGGAGAAAUGGGACUCCGCCUCCUUGCACGCCCCAGAGAAGAUGCCUGCUGGCGACUCCAACAGCCAAAGAUCGCCUCGCAUCGUUGUAAUUGCUGCGACAAAUGCACCAUGGUCUGUGGCUGUUAAUGGCGCUUACCUGCAGCUAGAUGCUAGUGCAGAUUUAAACGAAUUGGCACGGCGUACCGAGGGAUUUUCUUGCGCAGACCUUCGAAGUUUGUGCAGAGAGGCCGCGUGGCAGCCACUCAGGCGGAUCCUAAAAGUCGUUUCCCAUGAAGCCACAGAGCAUAUAUCUGAUCACAGUACAGUGAGCGCAGAACAGGCCAAGCAUCCAGUUGGAGCUGCUGACUUUGAGCUAGCGCUCAUGAAGAUACGCCCCUCAAUCCAUGCAAAAGCGGCUCUCCGCUACGUGGAAUGGGCAGCCGAAUUCGGAUCUACAUGA